CCGUCUGUUUCUGACAAUAGAUGUUUGAGAGAUCAUAAAAAGUUGGCGGAUUGUUGGUUUGGAGAUUUGUCUUGCAAAUCAGAAGGAGAUGCGAUAUCUUCAUGUUAUACAUUGAUAGGUUCAGUUGCACUAAGAACAUCUCUCUGGGUAAUUGGAGUUUGUGCUUUAAUUGGGAAUUUUGCUGUCAUGUUCUACCGACUAUUCAUAGACACAGAUAAUCUUACAAUGAGUUAUUCGUUCUUUGUACUGAAUUUGAGUUUAUCAGAUUGUCUAAUGGGCGUCUACAUGAUUGUGAUAGGCAUUGUAGACAUCUACUAUAACGGUGUUUACGCAUGGAACAACCAAACAUGGAGAAGAAGUACUCUAUGUACCACAGCUGGAGUUCUAUCCAGUAUAUCCAGUGAGAUGUCGACGUUUCUUAUUCUACUGGUGACGAUAGAUCGAGUCAUUGUCAUUAUGUUCCCAAUGUCCCGUCUUUCCAAACAGAACAUCUCGUGGAAACAGGCAUCUGUGGUCUCAGUGUGUCUGUGGCUUAUUUCUACCACACUUGCAGUCAUCCCAGUUAUUUCCAUGCAGUCCUACUUCAAGGGGGAAUACUACUCUCAGUCAGGGGUAUGUCUCGCCUUACCAUUGACUGACAUCGAACAACCAGGUGCUGAAUAUUCGUUUGCAGUGUUUGUUUGUCUCAACUGUCUCGUCUUUUUAGCUAUAGCCAUAGGGCAAAUCUGCAUGUUUAAAAGUUUGAUUUCAAGCCCAGGGCGUCGUAUGGCCUCGUCACAGUCUCGUCAACGGGAUAUAUCUGUAGCAAGAACUCUCUUUAUGGUGGUGGCGACCGACUUUUGCUGUUGGUUUCCGAUCGGCGUAAUGGGAGUGCUUUCAAAAUUUGGAUACCAGAUGCCGCACGGCGUUUAUGCGUGGGUUAUGGUGUUUGUUUUGCCAAUCAAUGCUGCCAUCAAUCCAUUCUUGUACACGGCCUCAGCUAUAUGGAGGAAGCGACAAAGAGAACAACAAUGACGACGUCAACGAAAAACAACAGAAGGAUCAACGCGAAAUCGAGUUGAAUAUAUUUUAACAGCCAUGUCAACCGAGUAUGUCUGAAGACUCGUCAAUUCUUCUGUCUUUUGUUAGAGGCGUGGUAACUGUCUUUGCAAGAAGUGUAAUACAACUUAGCGAAAGAAAACGCUGGAAAGAACGCUGAUUACUGUUUUCUGUUGGUAGAUUUGUGAAAUAAAGCAUGACAUGAAAAUGU